UGUUUACCUUAUUGUUUGCACUGCUUUCGGUGGCAUCUUUACUCUCCGCACAUCGAAUCCAUGUUUCGAAUGCCGAAAGAAUGAGUAUCGAUGGCCGGAUAUUUGGAGGAGAAGAUACACCGAUCGAGAGUACACCUUAUCAAGUAUCUCUGCAACAGAGUGGACAUCAUUUUUGUGGUGGCGCCAUCUACAAAAGUAACAUCAUUGUGACAGCUGCCCACUGUGUAUACAAUAAGAACCCUGAGGUUGUCUAUGUACGCGCUGGCACCAACGUCCACAAUAUCGGUGGAUCUGUGGUUAGAGUAUCUGCUAUUUCUGUGCAUGAUAACUAUAAUAAUGAGCUAUUAUCAAAUGAUGUAGCCUUGUUGCUGUUGCGUUCUCCCCUAAAGUUGGGUGGUCAUGUCAAAACCAUUUCACUCGCCUCGUCAAUACCUAAAAAUGGAGCCAAAUCAAUUGUCUCCGGUUGGGGACACACUGAAAGCGAAUACAGUCCGUCUAAUCUGAAAAGUGUCAAUGUGAACAUUGUGUCGCGAAAGAAAUGUGCCAGGGCUUAUGACAAUGUUUCCAUCACAGUGGAUAAUAUCUGUGCCGCCGCCGCUGGCAAGGAUGCCUGCCAGGGUGACUCUGGUGGCCCUCUGGUCUCUGAUGGCAAACUAGUCGGCAUUGUUUCCUGGGGAUAUGAUUGUGCCGAUCCUUUUCAUCCAGGUGUCUAUGCAAGUGUUCCUGAGCUACGCGGUUGGAUUGUGGAGGAAACAUCCAGACUAAGUUCUGUAUAGCAAAAGUGAUAUACGAAAUAAAGACAAAAUAAAUAUUUGAGCAUUGAAAU